AUGUCUGAAUGGCAUUCAUUCACGGAAGAUGCUUUGCAAGUUUUUCGAGAAGCUGGAGUCUCCCACAACGUCCCGUUUCAUGAUGAGACUGAGCUAUACACAGUUGGAAAUGAACUUGGUGUAUCAGGUAGGUUCGUUCGAAAUCUUUGCGACCCGGUUAUGAAGGCCCUUGAACCAUUACCAUGUAUGGCUUCAAUCCGAUUCGCCGAUUUCCAAGCAAUCUCCACCCCAGGAGACGUUGUUCCAGAUGUAUGUCUGGGGCUCGUGGCGGUUGUCCCCACACCUGAUAAUGUUCAUUUGGUUGGAGAAGUCAAGACACCAUGGACCAUCCCUGAUGCAUACAUUCAUCUAAACCGACCUAAUACAUCUUAUCACCUCGAGCCACUGAUAGGACAGCUUGUUGCUCAAAUGCGCGCGUGUUCGCUUCGCUUUGGAUUUUUAUCCACCUACAACUCUUCGGUUUUCGUCAAACGAGCAGCGGACUCUUCUUUCCUCCUUUCGCCGCCCAUCAAGUACAAGGCUAGAGAGCCUUCCCUUCGCCAGCUUUUUGCUGGUUUUGUUCUAAUGGCCUUGUCGGAGCCAAAGUACUUUGAAAGCCCGUCAUUUCAGCCAAGAGAUGUAAGCAUUGAUUCGGGUAACUGGGAGAGAAAUCCCGACUACCCGGCCCCAGCACUGACGAGCGAAUUAGACUCUGUCACAUCGAACAGUGUUAUUGUAAACACUGACGGAUCCUCCACCACGGUCAUCAAUUGCGUUCGCAGGUUAUCAGACGCAAGAGUCAAGUUCAAAGCGACCUGGCUCGCCACAAUGAAUGGAACGCCGGUGAUUUUGAAGUGCUGGCAGCCCAAAUACGAGGAGUUGGGAGACAUUGUCUGCUCGAGCAUCUUCCCAUCGGGAUAUGUCCUCGUGUUAGAGCAUAGAGACGGAAUGCGUCUUGACCGACUAUGGCAUACUCUAUCCAACACCGAGCGAGCCCAAGUUCAGUCCCAAUGCCUUAACAGCGUUCAUGCUUUACGACAAGUGACCGUGCGUCUUGAUGAUGCGGGAAUGCACAAUAUUCUGUAUAACAGGGAGAGUGGCGUGAUAGCUUUGCUUGACUUUGAAAGUGCCCAGGUAGUUGAAAGCCAUUCAGUGGUCCCUGUGAAUCACGAAAUGGGUGCCAUCUUUGGUUCUGAUUUUCUGUUGGGACAUCCGUCUGGUGACUAG